GUCCUGAAUUUGAAUCGAGGCCAUUGUGUGUGGACAGAAAAUACGUACUGGAUUUCCGGGUACUUGUGGUGUCAGGUGUUGGUCAAGCAAUCGAGGUUGCUCACCUUUCGGACAUCAUGUUUCGUCGUUUUAUUAUUGUGUUUAAAGAAGUUUGUGAUUAGACUACCUGCAGUCAGGUAAAGCGAUAUGUAAAAUACAUCCGGAACCGAAACUGACAACAAACAUGGCGGUCUCCGUCUUAUUUUCGGUGUUAUAUUUAACUUUUGUGUGUUUUGUUGAUGUCGGUUGGGGACAGAGAAUUACUCCCCCACCCCCUGGGAACUUACCUGUAGUGUCGGAUGGUAUUGUAUACAAUCUCCGACAUGUACCUGCCAUAUGCCGGGAGCCGCGCGUGUUGGAUCCAGAUGAAAUCAAGUUUGGGAUUGUUAUCAAAGGCUCGAAAAAAGCAUUGAUGAGGGAUCAAAGUCCUUACAAAGUGUACGGAAACAUCGAGCUGGAUAGCAAGGCUUGCCUCUACAUCGAACCUGGCACUACAAUGCACUUCGGUGCAGGUUAUGGAAUGAUUAUUAACGGAACUUUGAUAGCAAGAGGAAGUGAAGGACCAGGCGGACGGAUAACCAUGACUAAAGAUCCCGAGGGGAUUAACGUAGUAGGGAGUAGUUCCCCUUUCCCUACUACAGCUCGACUGAUGGAUGGAAACACUACACGAGAUGGCAAACUGGAACUCUUCUACAAAGGCAAAUGGAGGGGCGUGUGCACCAAUUAUCUCAAUUACUCCAAGAUAGAUGCCAAUGUGACGUGUAAACACCUUGGAUUUGUCGGGGGCAACUUCACCUACCAUUCGUUCUCCCGUAACAGGACAGAGUACAUGUUUUACCCACGCCCUGAGUGCUCAGGGACUGAAACAGAUCUUUUCAACUGCCCAGGAAAUCAGCGCAUUAACGUUGGCACACACAUUUGUGAUGGACAACAGUUGAUCGGUUUUGAGUGUAUAGGUUUGCGAUCUGACUUGGCUAUGGAUUAUUGGCGUGGACUUGAGUUCUAUAACUCUACAACAGAAUCUAUCAAGGAAGAAAUCAUCAUUCGCAAGGAGCCACUGUCCUGGUUGGAAUACCUUGACAUAUCUUACGCUGGGCGAGACAUUAACAGAAAUGACGGCAUGAUUCAUGGUCGCGCCAGCAUCAGUGCUAGUCCUGAUGUUCCUUUGAUGAACAACGUGACUAUCACCAAUGGAGCGUACGACGGCCUCAACAUGACGGAGAUUACCGGGCGUAUACAUAUAGCCAACAGCACAGUAGCAGACAACAGAGGUUACGGAGCAUUCAUCCAGAGUAAUGUUGGUCGUGUGUUGAUAAACAUGACUGACAUGGACAACAACUGGGGGGACGGGGUGAAGAUGUAUAUGACAAACUUCACCAUCCAUGACUGGGACAGUGACUUUCCUGCUGAUGUCUCUUUCUGUCGGUCAGCUAACUUACUGUACCAAACCUACCCUGUUCUCGUACAUGAAAACAUUAUUGAUGACUACGGGAAUAAACCAACAUGGGACGGUCGAGACUGUGAAAAGGUAUACCGUGGGUAUGGAAAGCGGAUCACUGUCCACUUCCUGUUGAUGGAGAGAGCUCCCUCUGUGUCUGGUUUUAUGACGAUCUAUGAUGGGGCAGGUAGUAGUGGAAAUAUUUUGGCGACAUUUCCUUUCAACAACGGCUCGUUUCCUCAGUCCAUCACCAGUGACACAGAUACUCUUACUGUCCGUUUAAACUACACUUUACCAACACUAACAAAACCCACAGACCCAAAGAAACAGUGGUGCGAGGUGUUCCGCCCUUGUGUUCGCUUUCUCUUGGAAAUAACAGCUGCAGAAGGUCCAGAGGAAGAGUUCCGCUUCAUCAACUCUAGUGCAUCUAACAACAAUGGCUAUGGGGUCAAUAUCCAGGACAUGAGGAGCAAAGUCUCCUUUAACUCAUCUGUUGUGUCUGACAAUAAGUAUGGUGCAGGAAUACGGAUCUACCAGGGUGCUGGCGAGAUCGCUAUAAACAAUACUGUUGUGGAGCGUAAUUUGCGAUCAGGUGUGAAUAUAACGUACUCUGGGGGCUAUCAGCUUGUCAACAACUCAAAAAUCAUUGACAACAGGGGAUACGGCAUCAUUUCUGAAUAUGAACGCCUCAACAAAACAAGAUUUGAACUUCUCCAGAAAAUAGAAAUUGUCCAUAGCCACUUUGAGUUCAAUCAAUGGAUUGCCCUACGUAUAGGAAACUAUUGCCGCGGUGGUCGUAUUCUCGUGAAUGAGAGUAACUUUAAUUUCAACUUUGAUGAGGCCAUAGAGUAUUUGUCAUGCAAUGUAUCAACAAUGGUUCCUACUAAUUUCAGUCUGGCCUUUAAUAUGUUCAAUGGAAACGUACGUCACGGAGUGCUCAUGUUUCCUAUGGUUAACACUAUAGGGCGACUGACAAACAACACCUUCAGAAACCAUAGUCUGGGAGCUGUACGAAUAGACAAUGGUUAUGAUCUGCUGAUAAGUAAAUGGUAUUCAGAUUUUGGAGUGAGUUAUGAAAUAUUUGAAAAUAUCUUUAAAGAAAAUUAUGGGCGUUAUGCUAUCAGUAUGCGUUUAACACAAAGUAGUCCAUUUCAGAAAAUUGUCUUUAGCUUUAAUUCUGUGGUAGACAAUUACAUCAAUGACACUUCGGAUUUCCUUAAUCCCAGAAACCGGGCCAACGCUCCAAUAAUUGUGUCGUCAGGCAAUAUUUUAGUGCAAAGAAACAGAAUCUUCAAUCCUCAUUCGGUGCGUGAUAUGGCUACUCAUCUUGUUGACCCGUCAGUCAUAAUUAAAGGAGAUUUGAACUGGUGGGAGACCAUCAGUCAUGAGUAUAUGUACGGCAGGAUUUUUGACAAUGAUGAUCGCUACAAUUUGGCAGAAAUAGAGUAUUACCCAGCAUUACGUGAUAACUGGCUUUAUGGACCGUUGUCUACUGCAGAGUACCCAAAAUACCGCUGGGUCUUCUCGCGUGGUGGACGUAUCGGUGGUGUUUUAGACACACCAGGAUUUACAACUGAAUCUGGAAUACAAACAUAUCAUGUUGAUAAGGAUAUCUUUAUCCGUCCCGGUGUAACAUUUACCAUCCGCCCUGGCACUACUCUGGAGUUCGAGAACUCCAUUGGAAUGGUCGUUCAUGGAAGACUGAAGGCUGAUGGUGGAUCAGCAAAUACGCCCAUUGUCUUUCAGCUGCGAGAAACCUUGGAUGUCAUUGCAAUAGAGAACAGGACAGCAUCUGUACGCCUCGUGGAUGGUACAGACGAGUACGAGGGACGACUGGAGGUGCUCCUUGACAAUGCGUGGGGCACUGUCUGCAAUGAUGGAUGGACUCCACUGGACUCUAGUGUGGUCUGCCAACAGCUAGGUUUAACCUUUAACCCUGAAUUCGGAGAGGCUCUGAAUAAGAAUGCAGGAUUGAUUUCAACACAGAAAAUGCACAUGAGUGGUGUAGAUUGUGACCAGCUAGACACUGACCUCACGAAAUGCCGGUCACUCCGGGAUGACCAGUUCUCUUGUGAUCCACGCAAUAUUGUCUUUUUACGCUGCCAACUUUCAACCUGGUCAGGCGUCACCAUUCCUGCUGUGCCUACUGGAGGAAGUCAGGAAGAUACUCAGAUCCGUCACGUUAUCAUCCGUAACGCUGGACUUCUGGACUACGAGGAGAUGAAGUACACACCAGCACUCAGGAUAGAUUAUAUGUUCUAUAAAAUGACCGGUCUACAGGUUCUCAACUCAGCAUCGGAUGGCGUUGUUGUCAAAUACAGCAACCCACACACAGAAAACUUGUUUGAAUUCUGUAAAUUUGAUAACAACCUCGGACAUGGUUUCCUAACAAGGAGUCCCUAUCUUCGAAUGUUUUACACCACAAUGAGCGGUAACUUCAAGUCAGGCUUUGCCUAUGAUCCAUUCUUCACAGAAUAUGAGGCCCUAAGUGUCCGCAAUUUUAUUCACAGGGACAGAAUAAUAUCUUUUACACAGACCCCUAUGUAUAACCUGGGUGACAGUUCUAUGAUUUUCAUCACGACCUCCUCAGGGUCAGGAGAGGAGAGACAUACAUACGAUAUGGAGAUCGCUGUGACAUUUCGUUAUCGUAUCACCCUGCAAAUCCUUGAUUACAACCCUCUCACGACCAUUGAAUCUGUCACAAUUUACGAUUCAAGCCAAGACACUAUCGGUGAGAGCACCAACAAGUGGGAGAUAGAGAAGGAUUUGGUUGACUUCCCUAUUGUUUCUACCUCGACUCGACUCACCAUUCGUCUGGUUGUCACGGGAGUGAGGACAGAUAGGCUUACCUUUGCUGCGCAUUCACAUGUUUAUUCCCCAACAUUCCCGAUGUCAAGUAUUUACGUGUACAACUCUACGAUGGCUAACAACUAUCAGGGCAUCGUAACUAAACAUUACAACAACCCCUCCAAUGAGAAAAGUGAGAUCUUCCACCGUGCUAAAGAAGAAGAGAUCAAGUUUGUCAUGGUGCAGGUAUAUAGGAACAAAAUGGAGGCGAUGUAUAUUCCAAGCCUUACAAAAUAUCACGAGAAUUUUUUACCAACCCUUGAGGAAAUGACGCGUCCAGAACGUAUCGGGAUGAUCACGUACAAGAUUGAGCGGACCAAGUUUUUGGACAAUGGAAGAGGUUUGGUGGGGGACCAUAACCAUGUGGACUUUGCCAAUAAUGUCUGGCAUUGGAAUAUCACCGACUGUGAGUUCAAAAAUACGGCAGACGGCGGGUUUGACAUAGAACUACCACGUGUCAAUGACAUGCUGGAAAGGAAAUUUCAUUCGAUAUUCAUACAGGAAUCAAGAUUUGUAAACAAUCCACAAUUUGGAUUUUCAGUGAAUGGUUACUACGCCAAUGUGACGAUGAUCAGAAAUGUUCUGUCUGGUAAUGUAUGUCCCCGAGGGCUGGUCACAAUUGGAGGGAUGGAAAAAGAAAUCACAUUUCAACACAACAGUCUGGUUGGGAAUAUCGCAAAAUACAUGUUUGAGUUGAACACACAUAGUCACUCGGAGUAUUCAGGUGCCGUGAGUGGAAUGUUCUCCCAUAAUCAGGUACAGGGUAAUAACCCUCCUAUCAACAGUUUUGUGUCUGGUGCUACAAACAUUCCACAGACGUACUCCAUCGCCCUGCGAGGUGUGCAGCAGAUCAAACUCCAUAGGAAUCUAAUAGAUAACCCACAGCUACAGUAUGAACUGGUAGCAGCCAUUUCCUCACUGUCCCUAGACACUGUGCUGGAUGUCACAGAGAACUGGUGGGGUACCCAGUUCCAAAAUGCCAUCCAGAAGAGAAUUUUUGAUUUUGAUGACUGGAAUAACUAUGCUCUUGCAAAGUAUUUCCCACAGUUGACAGUGGGAGAUAUAAAUAGUCUACCAGCGACAGGCUCUGCAUUUAAACCCCCUCUUGACCUGGAAAGACUUGGAGGUCGAGUACAUGCAGACUUAUCCCUCCCAUACAAGGGUACCCCAUACACAGUCGUUUCUGAUCUAACUGUGAUGCCGGGAGCAAAACUGGUCAUUGAACCGGGAACUGUCAUUGAAUUUCAUCCAAAUGUUGGCAUUCUUGUCCUUGGUCAGAUAGUUGCAAGAGGACUGCCAUUCGCUAGAAUAACAUUGCGGCCUAUUGCAUCUAAUGCACGUGUCAAAAGGGCCGUAAUUGACAGUUAUAACACUUCUGUCAGGCUACAUAGAGAUAAUUCAGGCAAAAUACCUGAAAAUGAGGGAUUUCUGCAACUGUUCAAUAUUUCUUCCCAGUCAUGGAACUUCAUGUGUGACAGCCAUUUCAAUGAGAAGAUGGCGGAGGUGGUAUGUCGCAGUCAGGGUUUGGAGACGGUAAAUGUAGAUGUUCGGUUUACACAUUUGUAUGAUCACUACAUCUUCGGCGAGCCCAUGUACUUCCUAAAGGAGUUCUGGAGGUAUUCCUAUUAUUGCCAUGGUGAUGAGGCUGGACUAGACAGCUGUAUGAAGCGUGUUAACUAUGACAUUCAGAAAUGCAUUCAAGCAGCCAAUUAUACAUAUAUCAGGUGUGGUAGGAGGAACUUAGACUUUGGCUAUCAAUACUGGGGUAAUAUUAGAAUAGCACCUCCAACUUAUGAAGAAGAAAUUAAACCUGUUAUCAAACUUGAGGAUAGAUCUGUCUUAGAAUAUAUUGAUAUACACGGAGCUGGUAUGCUGCAUGGUGAAAAAGUAGGAGCUGUACAGGCCACUUACGACACACCAAUCAUCAGCAACCUCAACAUAACGGGAUGCCUGCUGAACGGCCUCGACAUGGUAGCUCCGAGACAUGAAAUGAAGGCACACAUGCUAAACAUCUCCGGAAAUCUUGGAUACGCUGUCAACAUGCUCAUACUUAAUGGCGAGUCAAGGGACAUUGACAUGUCAUCGUUCACUCCCCUCCACCUCAACACCGUACCCUACAACAUACAUGGGCUGGUAGACAUAUGUAAGAUGGAGAAGGAAAUCUCCAUUAAUAAUCGUCUGAUUGUCUUUUACAAAUACUCCCAGACUGCUCUGGACUGUGUUAAGAUUGUCACUUCCCAGAAUGCUCUGCGUAGAGUCUCUCUCAGGUUUCUGCAGUUCAACCUGUACCAUGAUGAUUUUUAUCGUAACACAAUUGAAAUAUUUGAUGGAAAGACAGUUUCGCUGGCCACAGAAAUGGGAGAACUCACUUACAAUAGCAGUAGGUAUGACAUCUCAAGACGCUACCUCAGUUCUGGUAGUUCCAUCGCCAUUCACAUCCACGCCUCACCUUCAUUUGGAGAGUAUGGAUUCAUCGCUGAGGUUGUUGCCUUCCCGCUAUCAGGAUUAACCUACCCAGACAGUAGUUACAAUCACAUUCUUCAACACAUUGAAAUGAAAGGUAAUGAAGAUGGAGCCAUCUUGUACAAGAACGUUGGUGAGGUGAACCCUUCCCUGUAUGUCGAUCAAUGUUGGAUCGAAGGAAACGGUGUGGCCAUCUUAAAUUUGACCUCUCCUCCUGUCAUAGACAUUGGUCUACAGGAUACAAAGAUCUUCAUUUUUGAGCACAAUUUUGUCAGUCAGAAUUUAGGAGGAAUGUAUGUAGACGCGAUUACACAGUCUGUAGCGACACACAUUCGUGGAAAUAUCUCAAACAAUGUGUUUUCAUUUGGUAGACAUGGUGAAACAUUGAGAAUAACUGGUCAUCACUAUCAGCGUUUCCGCCUACAUGAAAACUACAUUUUCAACAACACUGCUGGUGACUUUGUAAACACAGUCUAUAUAGAUAAUGUCGGGAUGAACGCCACAUUCAACGUCAUUGGAAAUAACACUGCCCAUCACAUUGUCAAGGUGUUCGGUCAGCAGAACACUGAAGCCACACAGAUGUUCCUGGGAAAUAUGUGGUUUGAGAACAACACCACUGCAAAGUAUCGCUCCAUCUUCAAAGUCGGCGGAGGCAAACCUCUCGUAAACAACAACUACUUUGUCAACUUGGAGAGUGACUUUGAGAUGGAGGCUAAUCAUAAACAAGGAGUAGCUGACGAUGCUAUUGAUGCCACCAAAAACUGGUGGGGCUCAAACAGACUUGGCUACAUUAACGGGAAGAUCUGGGACAGCUCGGAUAAUGACACCCUUGUGUCCAUCACCGCUGAUCCCUACAGAGUAUCUAACCAGUCAAUUAUAGAUGGUAAAUGUGCUCCUGGCUGGAGGAUACAUGAAAACCGUUGCUAUAGAUACAUGGGAGCCGCCCUGCCUUAUCACAAUGCCAUCAGCUUUUGUAGAAGGGUGAAUGGAUUUCUGGCGGAGGUGAAGGGCCGUGAGAACUUCAUUAGAUACCUGAUACGUACCACAGAGAGUGUGUACAAAGAAACCCAGCGUGUGUGGAUAUAUGCUGAAGUGGCUGGGGGUUAUUGUAGCUCCUUUGAGGAUAACUUCAUUGUUGCAGAGCAGGAGUGUCAUCGCAAGUUUCUACCAUUUGUUUGUGAGAAAGACCCGUACAUUCUACCGCCUGGAUCUGAAGUCCUGACCAUGGCCAUUGCCAUCUCUGCCAGCGUGUUUGGAAUAGCAAUCAUCAUAAUUGUUGUCCUCCUCAUCUUGUGGCGCGUUAAGUCUCGGCAGCGAAAAGAAGAACAGUUUGGGCGCACACAAUCAAUAAGGAUGUCAAAGACGUCGCUCAACAAGUCAAGAUCAACAAUCGCUAUGCUGGACGAUAAAUAUUCUGUGUCUGGUGUGUCAUCACGAAGUAGAUACUCUGAUGAAAAAUCAAUGAUGGCAUCUGCAAUGAGUCUCACUAGUGAAAAACGAGGGCACCGUGACAGCAGGUAUGAUUCAAAUGGAUAUAUUGGGUCACGUGACAGAUUGCAUGAAAAUGGGCGAGCAAGAUCACGUGACCAAAUGGACAGUGAGCGACGUCUUGGAAACCGGGAUGACAGAUUAAACAGUAGUAAUAGGAGGCUUGGCUCAAGAGAUCGACUCAAUAACAAUGGUAGGUAUGGAUCACAAGGUGGACUUCAGGAUGAUCGAAAGUAUGGAUCUCGAGACGGGCUCAAUGAUCAACAGCGAUCAAAAUCACGUGACAAACUGGAUGAAAAGAUGCGAUCUGGUUCAAGAGAACGAUUGAAUCGUUCAGAAGAGAGACUUGACAGAGUGUUACUUGAGCGACAGACUCGUUCAAAUCUUCAUCAACGUGAUAACAAGAAAAAUGGCACAAUUCAGAAAAAUGGUACAGUUCCAAAAGAGAGACAAACUGGCUCUCCCCAAGAAAAGAAGCGUCUUGUUCCAGCUUAUCUCGAUAAUCAAGAUACAGAUGUAGGCUAUACAGAUGAUGGGUUUUCAGAAAAUGAAUUUGAUGAUUUUACAACUACUGCUGAUGAAGGUGGAAAGGAUCCUAAUGAUACAGAUGCUGCUAGCACAGUGAUCAACUUUCAUACAACUAAGAAACCACCCCAUGUGGAAAAUGAAAUUGAUUCCCUCCACGUAAAACCUUCAAUGAAUGACCUUUAUCAGAAUCACACAUUUAACAGCACACCUAGUGUAGACCUUAGUGGGGCUAAGUCACUGUCCAGUUUUUAUCAGCCAGAGAGUCCCGGUGAACGUCCACCUACGCCACCUCCUCCACUUCCUGUUGAUCAAUACCCUUCAAAGUCUCGGAACCAGUCCACAGACCAUGAGCCCGUCCCACAACCCCGGCAACGUCCAACACCAGUCCCAAGGUCAUUACAAAACAGUCGGGAAAGGAUGGAUCCGGGUAGUGGCUCUGAGAGGAGUGGACCAAUCAACCCUGCACUCAGAUUUCAAAACGCGCCAGGCAGACCUCCGCUGCAUCUGAGUAGAGAGAGUCUGAAUUAUCUAGACAACAGACGUGAGUGGAUGACUGAUCAGAUGCCGGAGAAACAAGAGGAUAGUGAAGAAGAAACCGAAACUGAAACAGAAUCGGAGACAGAAAGCAGCGAAGAAAGCUACGAAGAAGAGGAGAAAUUCACUGACAAGAAAGAUUUACCACAUCCAGUUACCUAUCAUACAGACCCCCACAACAGGCCUAACAGCCGUGAGAAUUUGUAUGAUCCGAAAACCUAUAUACCUCCUCCUUAUGAGCCUCCUCCUUAUGAAGCCCCUACAUAUGGUAACCUACCAGAUGAUGAUUAUACCCAUAGGAGUCGCAGUCGGGAAAACCUUCCUCAGUCUUUUAGUACAAUGGACGGUGGACAGAGCCACCAUCCCCAUGACUACAAUCCGGCACCCCCUGUUAACCCUGGAAGUAUAAAUUUAGGCUUUAACAGAAGCCGUGAGAAUAUACCUGAAGCCAUGAGCAACAUGGACUACUUGAAGGAUGUUCCCUAUGGUGGUGCUAGUAAUGACAGGUAUCGGCCAGGCUUUGACAAUGGUGCCUUUGUUGCCAGUCCCAAGCACAGCCCAACAGAGCCAAUGGGGAGUGUUAAUGAUGUUCGAGGAAGUAACCAAUAUCUUGACCAACUGUCAAGGAGUCGGGAAAAUCUCCAAGGCUACCCAGGUCAUGGAAACCAAGGCAACAUGGGUAGCCGAAAUGACGUUAGUAGGAGUCGACAGAGUUUAGAUCAUUUAUCGCGGAGUCGGGAAAAUCUCCAAGGCUACCCAGGUCAUGGAAACCAAGGCAACAUGGGUAGCCGAAAUGACGUUAGUAGGAGUCGACAGAGUUUAGAUCAUUUGUCGCGGAGUCGGGAAAAUAUUCAUGGAAGUAUGUUGAGUGUUCAUAGUCAGCACCGGAGUAGAGACAAUCUCGGAGUGGUGUAUUUGGACAGUGAUAGGUCACAAUCAGGCAGUCGUCCACAGCCAAUAGAAACCGAAAUAUAACAGGGAAAUCUGCUUGCAAUUAACAUGAUUUUAUGUAUUUUAGCUAAAACAGUCAAACAUUAAUUGCCUUUUGAUGCAUAUCAAUUAAUAAUAUCAUCCAAUUUUAAGAUGAUUUGAUUGAAUCUUACAUUGGAUGUAAAAUGCACAUAUCAUAAUUAAAUGUAUAAUUUUUUUGCCAUUGAAAGUUGAAUAAUUAUUAUAAUUGAAAUUGUAACUUCAUGUAUAUACACAUGUAAUGCAAUUCAAAUUUAAUUUUAACCGAAUCUUCAGACAUUUUUACUGAAGUCUAUUUCAUGAUUUUAAUACUGCAUGCUACAAAGUUAUAUGUAAUUGAUUAUGCAAAAAAUGUUUGUUAUAUUAAUAUGAUUAAUCUUGACUUUAUUUAUUUGAAUAAUACAACAAAUAGAUUAAGGUGAUAUGGUAUGAUCUUUAUACUGUUACAAACUUAUGUUAUCAAAUAAUAUACACUAAAAGUAAUUUGUAAAAUAUGCAAAAAGAGGUAUGACCAGUAAGCAUUCACAUUUCCCUAAAACUCUUGGAGCUUCGAUUUAGUUGAAUCUGCUCAAGUGACCACACCCAUUAGGAAACCACCUCCCAUUGAGAAACUAUCUCCCAUUAAGAAACUAUCUCCCAUUAAGAAACAACCUCCCAUUAAGAAACCGCCUCCCAUUUAGAAACUAUAUCCAUUAAGAAACCACCUCCCAUUAUGAAACUAUCUCCCAUUAAGAAACCACCUCCCAUUAAGAAAUUAUCACCCAUUAAGAAACCACCACCCAUUAAGAAACCAUGGCCACGUCCCAUUAAGAAACUUUCUCCCAUCAAUAAACCACCUCCCAUUAAGAAACUAUCUCCCAUUAAGAAACCACCUCCUAUUAAGUGAUCACACCCAUUACUCAAUAAUUCUCCAUCUUUAGAGAUCACUAUUUACUUAUACCAACAAAGCCCUUUUAACUUUAUCAAAAUCUCUUUGCUAAGAGAGCUCUUUAAACCUUCCAAAAAGCAUUUUAUGCUGGUAGCAUUCUCUGAAGACUAAAUACAAUAUUCACCUAAAUUUAGGUGUUUUUAAUUUCAUAUAGUAUAAAGCUUAUAUUUCAAAUGCACCGAAUAGAAAAAAACAAAAAGUGCUAAUAUACCUAUAUGGUAGAUGUAUCAGAUCUGUGUAUGGCUUUGUUUCCACAAUCCAUGUAAUUUUGCCCUAGAUAAAUAAGAAUUAGCAAACACCGUAUUUUGUUUAUGUACAUGUAUGUAAUGUAGCUGUUCCAAGGCCUGUACCUAUAUGUAUGUUUUCCCGUUUUAUAAUUUACCCACUUUAGGGAAAUAUGGGCGUUUUACUGCCAUACCUCUCCCAAUGAACAGCUAUACAUGUACUUAUUGUUGUUUGAAGUUUUGACUCCAGUGCCUUGUUUAUAAGAGACUUUUGAUUUUUGGUGAGUUAAAAUUGUUUUUUAAAGUAGUAUCACCCGAAUAAUUUAGAUGAUCCAAAAUUUUAUUUUUUCAUUGUUGAAGAAUUUUGUGAGAAAUCACUUGAUUUUUUUAUGUUGGCUAGUUUUUGCAUUCUGUGUAUGUGUUUCCACUAUGAUAAUCAAUGAACUGGUGAAUUUUGAAACACUUAAGCAGAUCAUUUAACUUGAUGAUGUUUCAGUUAAUAUAACUAUAACGGAAAAAAAUCAAGAAUUUUUCUAUUAAUUAUUUCAAAUUGCCAAGGUCAGGUAUUCGAACAAGUGACAUACACUUUAAUUAGGUUAACUUGUACAGAAUUUACAAUGAAUUUAUAAUUGAUUUAAGCUAGGUUAAUUAACUUUUACUUGAUUUACGUUGGGCAAACCUAUAUUUGACUUACAGUGAGCCCACAUGUACAUGACUUACAGUGGGCCCACAUGUACAUGACUUACAGUGAGACCACAAGUACAUGACUUACAGUGAGCCCACAUGUACAUGACUUACGGUGAGCCCACAUGUACAUGAUUUACAGUGAGCCCACAUGUAAAUGAUUUACAGUGGGCCCACAUGUACGUGACUUACAGUGAGCCCACAUUUACAUGAUUUACAGUGGGCCUACAUGUACAUGAUUUACAGUGGGCCCACAUGUACAUGAUUUACAGUAAGCCCACAUGUACAUGACUUACAGUGAGCCCACAUGUACAUGACUUACAGUGAGCCCACAUGUACAUGAUUUACAGUGGGCCUACAUGUACAUGACUUACAGUGGGCCCACAUGUACAUGACUUACAGUGAGACCACAAGUACAUGACUUACAGUAAGCCCACAUGUACAUGACUUACAAUGAGCCCACAUGUACAUGACUUACAGUGAGC